UGAAGGUUUUCUGUUUAUUUAUUUUUCUUAUUUUUUAGCUAUUCAAUAGUGUUAUGAACUAAAAUAAAAGUGUGUAGAAAAAAUGGCUUUGCGAAGACAAGUAAAAAAUGUUGUUAGAAACUUUACAGAUAUAGAGGUCAAAGUACGAGAAGCAACAAGCAAUGAUCCCUGGGGUCCAUCCAGUUCUCUUACCAGUGAAAUUGCAGAUGCCACAUAUAAUGUACAAGCUUUCGCUGAAAUUAUGACAUUGUUAUGGAAGAGAAUCAAUGAUCAUGGAAAAAAUUGGAGGCAUGUUUACAAAUCCUUGGUUGUUCUUGAUUACAUUGUUAAGACUGGCAGUGAAAGGGUUGCUCAACAGUGCAGAGAAAAUAUAUUUGCAAUUAAAACAUUAAAAGAUUUUCAAUUCAUUGAUAAAGAUGGCAAAGAUCAGGGUAUCAAUGUUAGGGAGAAAUCAAAAAUGUUAGUCGCAUUAUUGAAGGAUGAUGAACGUCUCAAAAAUGAACGUCAAAGAGCAUUGAAAGCCAAAGAAAGGUUCUCACAAUCUGAAGGUGGCAUUGGAAACACUAGUUUUCCAAAAAAUAGGAGAUUUCAGGGAACACUUAAGUAUACUGAGUCAAGAGGGAGUGUCGACGACACUAACAUUCCAUCCCAGACUUUUCAAGAGAAGAAUAUACCAGCAGAUUCAAGAUCUACUGAUGGUCGUAUUGAUUCAGAAAUUGAAAAAGUGCGUCCAUCCAAUGAAGCAGAGGAAGAAUUGCAGUUGCAAAUUGCUUUGGCGAUGAGUCGAGAAGAAGCAGAAAAAGGUGAAAAGGUUAAUCAGGCUGAGAGUCAGCUUUUUGGUGGAGCAACUCAUAGUAAUCAACCCCAGCCAGCAACAUCAACCUUAUUAACUUUAUCAGAUCCUGUGCAACCACCAAAAUCAAACACAGCUCUUGAUCCAUGGAUGCAGCCAGCUCCAACUUUACAAACAGUCAUUCAGCCACCUAGAACACAGCCAGUUGCUGAUCCUUGGGGUGCACCUGUACAACCUACAACUACUACUAAUCUUCCAGUUAUGAUGAAUAACCUUAACAUGAAUCAACCAAAGGUUGACCCAUGGAAUAAUGCUCCUCCUCCUUCUGUUGAUCCAUGGGAUUCUCAGGCACCAGCACCUGCCUUAUCCAACGAUCCAUGGGGAAUGAGUAAACAACCUACUGCAAUUCAAGACCCAUUUGCUUCUCAGAUGCCUGCCAUGACAAUGUCAUCUGCAUUUACACCAAUAGCACCCAUUUCAUCUAACAGCACAGGUGCAAAUGAAUUUAGUCUCUUUGACAGUACUGCACCAAGUACUAAACCUAAAACAGAAUCUUCAUUUUUAUCGAAUGGUGCACAUCUAGUUGACGUCGAAAAUAUUUUAGCAGCCAAACCACAAACUAAUAACCCCACCGCUGUCAAUCCGUUUAUGACGAGUGCUGGCAACACUAAUCCAUUUCUGCAAGAAAAACCAAAGCCAAAGUCGAUAAACGAAAUUCGUAGUGACAAAUCCAACAUUUUUGCAUCUACCAGUCCCAGUGGGGAUAUGUUGUUGGAGGCUCCUUUGCAACCAAUGAAUAAUCAACAAAACACUAACAAUCCUUUCUUGUGAUAGAUAUGUCAUGGUGUAAUUUUUAAUCUUGCAACUUGGGUAAUUACUAUUAUAACUUUAAUAGUGAUGCUUGUGAUAUAAUUAUUAAUAUGGCUUUCAACUUGUUUAAAUGUAAAGUUCUAAGUUUUCUGAAAUUUUUCUGCUUCUGAGGAGAACAAUAAAAAUAGCUCUAGUUAAGGGGGAAAUUAAUUUUGAGGGAAAACUACUUGUACUUUCCUUCAACCUAUUGUAUGAAAUGAUCCUUAUGUUUAUAUACAUUUAUAAGACAUAUCUUUAAUCAAUGUUUUCAAUCAUUAUCAAGAAUACGAUGAGGAAAAAUUAUAUAUUGAUUGCACAACGAAAAUUUCUUCGCUGUUGGAGAUCUUAAGAAAGAGAUUUGCUAACAUUGGGGAGGCUAAGCUUGGGUACAAGGGGGUAGGGUAGGGUAGGGGACAUUAAGCUGAAGUGGGGACCAGGUGUAGAGGACAUUAUGCUGAAGGGUUUGCUAAAUAAAUAAAAAACAAAGGGCUGAAUCAAAAGUCCUAAAUUACUUUGAAGUGUAUAUUUUUAUUUGUGUUUGUGUGUUAUACUUUGUGACUAAUUUUGGAUUGACAAGUUAUUUUAUGUUGUCAAAAGACUUCAAACUUCACCGUAUUAUUAGCUCUGUUCAUGUCAUAAAUUUAUGAAUUCACUACUAUUUCAAAUGAUGUAUAUAGACCUAAAUUUUAUUUUCUAUUGAAAACUUUUCUUAUUUGUUUGAAUUAUUUUACUUGACUUAUUUUCGUCUCAUUGUCUUGUAAUUUUAAAAUUCGUAACUUUCCAAAUACAUUUUUCUUCUGAAAAUCAUGGUUUUAUAGACAUUUAGUUGUGUUGAUCAGGGCAAGAAAAUUGUGUUUUGUUAUUUACUUGUCGAUGUUAUAAAGCAAUUCUCAUUUUUGGUGUUUUUAAUAAACUAAAAAUAGGUUUUGAAUGAAGCAUCAAAUACAUUGUGUCAAGAAAUAAACAAUACACAAAUGUAACGAACACAAACGACAAUGAAGUGAAUUCCCUUAGAAUUUAAUUACCACAAUUCAGCCUAACCGAAAAAGCAUUAAAUAACAUAAAUUAAAAGUUGUAGAAUGAAAUAAAAGUUACUUCGUUGGAAAUCAAAGAUAAUUCCAAAAUAUUGGCUGGCAAAGUAUUUUCUGUACAAUUAAUAACAACAUCAGGACAAUAUUAAAAAGUUUGCAUACAAUGAAACCAAAGAGAAACAAGGUAUGCAUGUAUGUCUUUGUGUCUGCAUUGCAUAUUAGAAAAAUAUAUAAUUAAGAAAUCCAAAAUUCCCAUUAACUUUAGAAAAUUUGUGUUAAUUUUGUGACUUGUUUAUUUCUUGGAAUUAGGUAUACAGCUAAACUUAACAAAAAGCAUGAGUGUUAAGUUCUCACAACAUAAAAAAUAACCUUUUCUUGACACAAUGCUGACCAAGGUUUUUUAGGGUUGUAUUUAGUACCUUAAUUAUAUGUCCACUUUUGUGCGUAUAUUGCUCACGGUAAAACAACAGAUUUGCGCUGAUAUUAUUGGGAUAUCUUCACUUAUUAUUUGAACAAAAAGGAUGGUCCUGUUCUUAAAUUAAUUUAUGUGAAAUAAGAUUUUAGUUUAUGAACAUUUCAAAGCAAAAUCUUUUAAUACAAAAAUGACAUUUUGUGGCAUUUUCUCUUAAAUAUUGUGCACAUCACAUAUUUUAGUUUCAGCGGAAGUAUUACCAUUAGCAAAGAAUCGCACAUGCCGAGUGGUCAAGUUAGAUUUAAAAUAUUUGAAAAUAUUUUAGGUUUAUAAUGUGAAAAAUGUCCUAAAAUAUUUUCUCCAUUGUUUGCACAGUAAGUGAAUGAAAUCUGAUUUUACAAAGGACCUUGUGAAGUAUGUAAUAGUAUAGGGUGUUUAUAUGAGCUGAGUUAAUUUUAACUUGUGAAGUAUGCAUAAAUAAUUGUUAAACAAGUUUUCUUUUCUUUAAAUUGUUUUCCAUUACCUUUAUAACUUUGUGUCAGUUCUGAAAA